UCGAAGUUAUUGAAAUUCGAAGGUGCUGCCGCCUGGAGUCGGCCGCUGAAGUCUGGCCCCCCGCCCUUGGAGCGACGAUUCUCGGCAUGGACGCCCACACCGUCUGCGCCAUGCAUCGACUGUUUGAGGCUCCUUCGCACGCAAAGGCGUAUGCAGAGUUCCGGCCUGUUCCACCAGCGUCUCUCAUCAACGUUAUUGUUCAAGCUGUCAAGGAGAAGGUACCGUUGGAUCGAGCACUUGAUGUCGGCUGCGGCAGUGGACAGAACACCCGCUGUCUGGCCUCCCAUUUCCGUUCCGUGCUGGCCACGGACAUAAGCCCAGCGCAAAUCAAGGAGGCGACUGCCAGAAACACCUUCGCGAAUAUCGAAUACCAGAUAUCUGCCGCCGAGGAGAUCCCGAUGCCCGCCGAGUCCGUGCAGCUGGUCACCGCCUGCACGUGCUGUCACUAUUUCGACCUGCCCCGCUUCUUCGCGGAGGCGGACCGUGUGCUGACGCCGGGCGGCGUGCUCGCUAUAUACUGCUAUGGCCUGCCCGAGCUGUACCGCAACGGCGCGCUCUGGACCGAACUCAACGACGUCAUGAUGCAGGCUGAGACGACCGUAGCCGGCUAUUGGAGCCUCGUCCGUCGUGAGCUCGUUGAACGGUACAGCGAUCCGCGCUUCCGGCUCCCCUACCCGGGCGAGGUCAGGGACGAGAGCCACUACCAGGAGCAGUCGCUGACGCUGGACGGCCUGCUGGGCAUUAUCAAAACUUGGUCCGCCUUCCAAACCAUGGUGUCCCGCUGCGGCGCCGAGCGGGGCGGUGCCCUGCUGCAGCAGACCCGGGAGCGACUCCAUGCGGUGCUCUCCAACGGCGACCCGGAGGUCGAUACUAACGUUAUCCCUGUCACCGUCCGGUACUCCUACUUCCUGCUGAUGGCGCGGAAGCCAGCGUCACCCUGAUCGUCGCUCGCCGAUGAUCGUGUUCGUGCUGUGCCGUCGUGGGGCGGUGGGUAGCGGCAGCCGGGGCUCAGCUUGAUAACUUAGGAGUCAGUUUUGAUGAGGUAGGUGACGUGUUUUCGGUGGCGGGUUAGGUAAGGUUGAGGGCGGGUAAGGAGCGGGUUAGGUGCAAGGAUGUAACUUGAUGGUACAAUAUUCUGCUGUUGUAGUCGUGCAACUGAAAGUGCCUGGAGCAUGUUGCAGGAUCAUUGGCGUUUUUUUGUGUGGAUAUGGUUACGGGAGAGAAAAAUACGACCAAUGGGAGAAUUGGGAGGAGGCCGCGAGCACACUCAUGGUUAUAUAAACUCUUGCAUCUGGUAUUUUGUGAAAGUCGUGCAUUUGGUGGCAUCUGUGGGGCGCCUCUUUCUACUUUUUCAAAAGCAGGGGCAAAUACAUUUCGCUGGCAGUCUUAAGAAGGCAGGAUGCGUGGUGCCGCAGCGACGGUCCUUGUCAGCAUAUAGGCGCGUGUGACUUGUAUUUCCUUGCUAUACGAAACGUGUCCACAUGUUGAUAUUGCUAAUGAGUCAUGUGUGUGGUCCACAAGCACCAAUAAAUAUUGUUCUUCGACUCAAGCUCUUGCCUUUUGGACCUUUCUG